GAGCACUGAGCACAGCGAGUGACUGGACUGUGUAUUGAAGGUGAAGAUCAGCACCACGAAGAGACAACAGUAGGAGACGUUGUAAAGGCCAUGGAGGUUCCGCGUGUGGACGACAGCACCAGCAGCCCUGUCAGCCGUUGUGACGACAUGAUGAAGAACCUGAACCUGGACUUGAUACAGCCGAGUGACAGGGAAGGAGACAACUCUCAGGACAGCAGCAUCGCGGAAAAGGAGGAUCUUCCUGUUCCUCAGAACGUCAAGAUCACCAACAUCACCUGCGACUCCUUCAAGAUCAACUGGGACAUGGACUGUAGAGCCAAGGACCACAUCACUAACUACUUCAUAGACCUCAACAAGAAGGAGCACAAUAACUCCAACAAGUUCAAACACAAGGAUGUCCCCACUAAGCUGGUGGCGAAGGUGGUGCCACUGCCCAUGACAGUGAGAGGCCACUGGUUCCUGAGCCCCAGGACAGAUUACACUGUAGCUGUCCAGACUGCCUCCAAACAGAGUGACGGGAACUAUGCUGUCUCUGAAUGGAGUGAGAUCAUCGAAUUCUACACUGCAGACUACUCUACUGUGCAUCUGAUACAGUUGCUGGAGAAGGCCGAGGGAAUAGCUGGUAGGAUGUUGAGAUUCUCAGUGUUUUAUCGGAACCAGCAGAAUGACUACUUCAAUAAAACGAGGGUGGCUUCCUGA